AUGGUCGUUUAAUCGAUUAGUCGAAAGUCUACUUUUUUUUACUUAAUUUUGCUUUGGACUUUUGGACUUUCACUGGCAAUUUCAACUUCAAAAUCGCGUUGAAAAUUAAAAAAGAGUAGAAUAUGAUCAAUACGGGCAAGUUAGCUGGAAGGACGUUGUUUAUUACUGGGGCUUCAAGAGGAAUUGGGAAAGCAAUUGCACUUAAGGCAGCACGAGAUGGAGCUAAUAUUAUUGUAGCGGCCAAAACAGCCGAGCCACAUCCCAAGCUGCCUGGAACAAUUUAUAGUGCCGCCGAGGAAAUUGAAAAGGCUGGCGGCAAAGCACAUCCGUGCGUAGUAGAUGUCCGUGACGAAAAUCAAGUUCGGUCAGCUAUCCAGGAGGGAGCAGCAAAGUUUGGUGGCAUCGACAUUUUGAUAAAUAAUGCAAGUGCCAUCUCAUUAACGGGGACUUUAGAAACAUCUAUGAAGAAAUAUGAUUUAAUGCAUCAAAUUAAUACCCGCGGCACAUUUUUAGUUUCCAAAGAAUGUCUCCCCUACUUGAUAAAGUCAAACCAUGCUCACAUUUUAAAUAUAUCGCCACCGUUGAACUUAAACCCCAAAUGGUUUGGCCCACAUGUUGCUUAUACAAUGGCUAAAUACGGAAUGUCUAUGUGUGUUUUGGGAAUGGCCCAGGAGUUUCGCGAUCAUGGUGUAGCUGUAAAUGCAUUAUGGCCUCGAACAGCCAUUCAAACUGCAGCCAUAGAAAUGCUGACUGGCCCAGACAGUGCUCAAUGGUCAAGAAAGCCGGAAAUCAUGUCUGAUGCAGCGUACGCUGUCUUAAUCAAAGAGCCGCGUACCUGUGGCACAGGUGGUUUUCUUAUAGAUGAUGAAGUUCUCCAGGCCAAUGGUGUUACAGACUUAAAACAGUAUGCGUGCAAUCCAGAAAAUGCCGACAAGUUAAUGCAUGAUUUCUUUUUGGACACCGAAGAAACGGUGAAUCAAUUGGAAAGUAAGACUUCUCGUAAAGAGGCGGCAUCCGGAAAUAUUCCCCAACUUUUUGAAAAAAUACAAACACUGUUGUCACCAGAAAUUGUGGGCAAGGUGCAAGCAGUUUACGAAUUUCAUAUUACCGGCGAUGAGAAAGGCACUUGGUUCUUGGAUUUAAAGAAUGGUUCCGGAUCUUGCGGGCAAGGAUCAGCACCGUCGCAACCUGAUGCGUCUUUGACAAUGAAAUCCAAAAACUUUGUAGACAUGUUUGAGGGAAAACUCAAAGCAGCACCGGCCUUUAUGACUGGCAAGUUAAAAAUCACUGGAGACUUGCAAAAGGCAAUGAAGUUAGAAAAAUUGAUGAAAUCCCUAAAAACAAGGCUGUAAUUUUUUAGAUUAAAGUCGGUGUUCAAUUGUGCCUGAUUUUGUUGAGAAAUCGGCUAUACUUGCGAAUCAAAUUUAAUAGUUUUACGGCCGUAUUCACAAAAUUUAAUAGUAAAGUAGGUUUAUUUGACAGUUAUAUAAAUGAGAUCUUUAAAAUAAACCUAUUUCAAAUCUACAUUGAGUUUUGUGAACGAACACCAUUGUUAAUGUACCACAAACUUGCAUUUUAUUACUUUGUUUUAUAUACAAACUCCGCGAAUAUCACCAUACAUAUGAAAAAUGAUGGUCUACAUGUGCAUCUAUAAAAAUGAUUAAGAAUCAAGUAACUGCCAAUAAAUAUACACUUAUAUAUAUAAAAUAA